AAAAUAAUUAUAUAUACAUGAAGGUUGAUGGUUGAACGUGGUAGUUGAAGUUUGAAGGUUUAGAUUUUGGUUUUGUUUUCAUUGAAUAAUGUUUUUUUAUUUCAUGAGAACUUGAUCUUCUUUUUAUGCUUUCAUUUAUUUGGUUUUAUUUCUAUCAAUAACUAUGUUUAUAUUUCGUUUGAUUUUGAAUGAUCACGUUUGAUGUUCUCUUCUUAUUUUUGAUAUAUUUUAUUUAUGUUUUGGUUACAAAAUGGUACAAAUCAGGUAUUUUAAAAUCGAAGAAUCGACUUUACUUUUUGGUUACAAAGUAGAUACAAAUCAGGUAUAUUUAAUCCGAAGAACCGAUUGGGACCCGAGCGUGAAAAUGCAUCGGAUUGUACCGGUUCUUUGAAGAUUUACUAACCCUGACCCGAAACUGAUAGAACCCGAACCGGUCCCGAACCAAACUUUCAUAUAAUUCGAAUGUAGCUGAUUUUGAUAAAUCCAAAAAAUCAAGACCUGAUUGGAUAAAAUCGAAACCCAAUUGGACAAAACUGAAACCCAAUUUGGACCCCGAAUAUCCAGGCCUGUUACAGACAAUAGAAACAUAAACUUUAGAAAAUACUCGGCAAAGACAUCUUCUUUUGUUUGGCAAUGAAAGUGUUUUUCUAAUAUAUGAUUCUUCUUGAUAAGUUUAGUAAGAGCAUUUCUAAAAGGCCCUCAAAUCUUCAAAUUUUGUGGUUUUUUACUUUUAAAAAAUCUCCAAAUCUUCAAAUUUUGUGUUUAAUAUUUUUAAUGUGUAUGUAUUAUUUAUCUAUAUAAAAUUUAGUGACUAUAAUGAAUUGUUAUUAAAGUUAAAGACUAAAAUGCAAAUAAUAUAAUAUUUUAAAAAUAAAUUUGAAGUUUAUUUUUGGAGCAACCCAUCCUCAAAAUUUCAUUUUGAGAAUUUUCCAUCGUCAGAAUGAGGUUUUUUCUCGGAGAUGUUCUAAGAACGGCCACAAUAAGUAAUACGUACAAGAGAGAAAUCUUAAGUGGUACGUAGCAAAAUCACAAUUACUUAGCUUUUAAUACAUAGUAAGAUUUUUAAUACAUAGUAGGAUGGGUUCAUAAACCAAAACUUGAAAUCAUUUAUUCAACGAAAACAAAGCAAUUUAAAAAUUCCCAAAAAGAAACAAAAUUACAGUUUUAGGGACAGCAAACGGUUACAACUUAUGACACCAACACGAGAAAAUAGUAGUUGAAAGUAGGUUCGAAUCAAACAUAAACCAUAGAGAAUUUAAAAAACAAUAUCAGUUGGUUCAUCGACUCAGAAUCUACCUUCACCCUUUUAUUCUCACACAACUCCUCCACUUUUCUUACUUUGUCUUACACUUUCACCCUUUAAAAACCAUCAAACAAAUCUUUUUCAAUCAACACACAUUUGGAUCGUUCGUAAAAAAAACACACACAUUUGGAUCUCUUCAACGACAUGAAGUACUUACUCGUUUUUUUUAUCGUUCUAGGACUCAACGCGAUCAAUGGCUACGAUUGCAAGAUCGUCCAGUUUAUAUUUGGAGAUUCAUUGUCUGAUGUAGGUAACAAUAGGAACCUACCGAGGAGUUUAGCUCAGGCGAAUCUUCCCUUUUACGGUAUAGAUUUUGGCAACGGUUUGCCUAAUGGAAGGUUCACUAAUGGCCGAACUGUUUCAGACAUUAUAAGUGAUAAAAUUGGGUUACCUAGACCAUUAGCCUUUCUAGAUCCAUCAAUGAAUGAAGAUGUAAUACUUGCAAAUGGAGUGAACUACGCCUCAGGAGGCGGUGGAAUCUUGAAUGAAACUGGUGGUUAUUUCCAAAUAGAAUUGUUCCAAGGGACACGAGAUGUAAUUGUGGCAAAGAUAGGGAAAAAAGAAGCAGACAAAUUCUUCCAACAAGCUGGAUACGUCGUCUCUUUAGGCAGCAAUGACUUCAUUAACAACUACUUGAUGCCUGUCUAUAGCGAUUCUUGGAAGUACACUGAUCAAACAUUCGUCGACUACUUAAUGGAAACACUUGAAUCUCAACUUAGGGUGUUGCAUAGUUUGGGAGCGAGGAAGCUAAUGGUGUUUGGGUUAGGACCAAUGGGUUGUAUCCCACUCCAAAGAGCUUUAAGCCUCGAUGGUAAAUGUCAAAACAAAGCGAGUAGUCUUGCUGUGAGAUUCAACAAAGCUGCCACCACAAUGCUUAAAGAUCUUGAAACCAAGCUCCCAAAUGCAAACUAUAAGUUUGGUGAAGCUUAUAACCUCGUCAACGAUGUUAUCACUAACCCACAAAAAUACGGAUUCGACAACUCGGAUUCGCCGUGUUGCUCGUUCUACAGAAUCAGGCCGGCACUGACGUGUAUUCCGGCGUCGACAUUGUGUAAAGACAGAAGUAAGUAUGUGUUUUGGGAUGAGUAUCAUCCCACCGAUAAGGCCAACGAGCUCGUUGCUAAUAUUCUUAUCAAGCGGUUUGACUUCAUGCGUGCUGAUGACGGUACCUCCGAGGCUCCUUCUCCGUCCCCGGAUCUAGCUCCUUCUCCCGAUGAUAAAUAACUGAUAGCUGUCUUAAUUAUACAUACGUAAUAAUUUCAGUUUCUAUCUGUUUUUUGUUGAUCAUUCUGUGGAGACUCAGGAGAGUCUCGUUUGUUCUUGAUUUAAUUUACCUUUUCUGUUUGGUGAAAUAAUGUUCUUUGUUUUCUGUAAUAUGUUCAUAUUUCGUUGUAUUGGUUCAUUCCCAAAUUUGUUUUAUAACAGUAAACUAGCUGGUAACCCGCGCCCCGCACGGAAUGAGAUAGUUUUAUAAAUG